AUGGCAGGAUGGGCAAUCGAACUAUCGGAAUACGAUAUUGAGUUCAAAAGCCAGACGAGCGCCAAGUCACAAGUCCUAGCCGACUUCAUCGUAGAAAUCCCACCAGAGCUCGCAACUCAAGACGACGAGCAAAUCCUCAAAUGGACACUGCAUGUCGACGGAUCGAUCUCCAGGCAAGGAGCAGGCGUCGGCAUCCGCCUCAUCCUCGAGCAAUCGAUCAAACUCGAUUUUCCAGCGUCCAACAACGAAGCCGAAUAUGAAGCGAUUAUUGUCGGACUUCGUCUCGCCGAAGCAGUCGGAGCAGAACACGUUCAUGCGUUCUGUGACUCUCAGCUCUUCGCUAAGCAAUUCAGCGGUGACUACGACACGAAAGACGAUCGCAUGGAUGCGUAUCUAAAACAAACGCAAAGACUUGCCAAAGCAUUCAAGACGUUCGAGUUGAUAAAGAUCCUCCGUUCCGAGAAUUCCGAAGCCGACGCACUCGCAGCCUUGGCAUCAAAAACCGAAUCAGCACUGCGACGGGUCAUCCCGGUCGAAACCAUCGACGAACCAAGCAUCAAACUCCCCAAGGGAACCGUCGUCAUGGCAAUCUCACAAGAAGAAGAAGAAGACGAAAACUUCACUAAUGACGAGUCAGCAGAACACAAAUCGUGGCAGGAUGAAAUCAGAAAUUACCUCAUCAACGACGCCGUGCCAGAGGAGCGAUGGACGGCCCGCCGCCUCCGAUGA